AUGUCCAACGUCAUCGUCGUUGUAGGAGCUGGCGUGAGCGGCCUGACGUCGGCGCUGCUGCUCUCGAGGAGCAAGAGAAACACCAUCACCGUCCUUGCCAAGCACAUGCCCGGCGACUAUCACAUCGAAUAUGCAUCGCCGUGGGCCGGUGCCAACGUGUUGCCGAUGGCCGACGACGAGAACAGCCGAUAUGAGCGGCGGACCUGGCCCGAGCUGAAGCGCCUGGCCGAGCAGGCCCCCGAGGCUGGCAUUCACUUUCAGAGGAGUCGCGUCUUUAGACGUCAAAAAGACCUGGUGAACCCGGCCGGCCUCAAGGACGCCCUCUUCGACAUGGGCCCCUGGUACCAGUCGCUGCUGCCCGACUUUCGCGAGCUGGGCCCCGACGAGCUGCUGCCGGGCCACGAAUCGGGCUGCGAGUUCACCAGCGUGUGCAUCAACACGGCCACCUACCUGCAGUGGCUGCUCGGCCAGUGCCUCAAGGCCGGCGUCGUCGUCAAGCGAGCCGUGUUGUCGGACAUUGCCGAGGCCAAGGUCAUGAGCCACACGGGCUCGGCCGCGUCCAUCGUCGUCAACGCCACGGGCCUGGGGUCCCUCAAGCUCGGCGGCGUGCGGGACACGACCAUGACGCCGGCGAGGGGCCAGACGGUGCUGGUGCGCAACGAGUGCGGCCCCAUGCUGACCACGUCGGGCACCGACGACGGCGACCUCGAGACGCUUUACAUGAUGCAGCGGGCGGGCGGCGGCGGCACCAUCAUCGGCGGCACCUUUGACUUGGGCAACUGGGACUCGGACCCGGACCCCAACGUCGCCAUGCGCAUCAUGAAGCGCGCCGUCGAGGCCUGCCCGGACCUGACGGGCGGCAAGGGCACAGAUGCCCUGAGCAUCGUCCGCCACGGCGUCGGGCUGCGUCCGUACCGCAGAGACGGCGUGCGGCUCGAGGCGGACAAGACGAGCGACGGCACGUGGAUUGUCCACAACUACGGCCAUGCGGGCUGGGGAUAUCAGGCGUCGUAUGGCUGUGCCGAGAGGGUCGUCGAGCUGGUCAAUCAGAUUCGCAAGGACAAUGGCGAGGAUGUGGUCAGUGAGCCCAAGCUCUGA